UUCAAAACGACCAAAAAAAAAACAUGACAGAAGAGUUCGAAAGGACCGGAAUGUUCGCCGGAACUUGGUGGAAUUCGUCCAACCACGUGUGUUCUUGGAAGAACUUUGAUCUUCUCGAUCCAAAUUCCGACAUAAGUCUCGAUUCAACCUCACAAGUUUCGCCUUUUGAGCUGUCUUCUCCUGUACCAUCGCCACCAGAUUGGAACCAAUCCACCAUUCACGGUGAAGGUUAUGCAGAAGCAAAGUUCAAUCCGAACACUUUCUUUGAAGGACUGUUCGAACCUCACGAGCAGUUUUCGAGUUCUUGUCCAAGAACGGAACAGACUGCAAAGCCUGAAUUCUUGGACAGCUUGGCAUUCUUCGAGAAUGUUCUUUUCGACGAUUCGGGAGUUGUAUCGAUCUUUCGUGAGUCCGAGCCCGAGGAGGAACAUCGACCCUGCAAGAACUUCGCUUCCGAGAUAAAUGAUGAAAAGACUGAAGAUUUGGAAGGCUAUGACGAGGAAGAAUCGCCACAACUGAAAAGGCCGAGAAUCGAGACACCUUCACCAUUGCCAAGCUUUAAAGUUCGUAAAGAGAAGCUCGGGGACCGGAUUACCACUCUUCAGCAGUUGGUUUCACCAUUCGGGAAGACAGAUACAGCUUCUGUCCUAAACGAGGCGGUAGAAUACAUUAAGUUUCUUCAUGAACAAGUUACCAUCUUGAGCAAUCCACCACAACUGAAAUCUGGAGCACCAGUUCAACGCCAGCCGCAGAUUUCGGACAGAACAUCGAAUCGAGAAUGUAAAAGACAAGAUCUAAGAAGCCGAGGGCUUAGUCUGAUGCCAAUCUCGAGCACGUUUCAGAUGAACACUUCUGAUUUAUGGAAUCUACCCUUUGUGUAA